AUGGCAGAGAGAAAAGAAAAUGUUGUAUUGUUCCCUUUCAUGGCACAAGGCCACAUAAUACCCUUCUUAGCCUUAGCCCUCAAAAUAGAGCAAAGAGGUUACAACAUAACCUUCAUCAGCACCCCUCUCAACAUCAAGAAACUCCGAUCCUCUCUUCCUCCAAACUCCUCCAUUCGCCUCCUUGAAAUUCCUUUCAACAGCUCCGACCACGGCCUCCCACCAAACGCCGAAAACACGGAUGUCCUUCCCUACAACCUGAUGCACACUUUUGUCGAAGCCACUCUCUCUCUCAAACCCUCUUUAAGAAAACUCCUCCAUGAUCUCAUCCACGAGCAAGAUGGUGUUCCACCGCUAUGCAUCAUGGUGGACUUAAUCUUUGCAUGGUCUGCUGAUAUUGCGCAUGAGUUCGGAGUUUUUCAUGCAAUCUAUAACGGCUUAACAGCGUUUGGAACGGCCUGUUACUACUCCAUCUGGCUCAACUUACCUCACCGCCACACGAAUUCACACGAGUUCUCCUUACCGGAUUUUCCUGAAGCCGGUAAACUUCACGUGUCUCAGCUAUCAGAACACAUGCCAGAAGCAGAUGGUCCUGAUCCUGUCUCGGUUUUUCAACAUAAAAACCUUCCCUUAUGGCUGAAUUCUGAUGCAAUUGUAUUUAACACAAUUGAAGAGCUUGAAAUGAAAGGAUUGACCUAUUUCAGACGCAAAAUAGGCCGUCCGGUUUAUUCAGUCGGACCAUUACUUUUACCCGGAGAGAACCGCGGUAAAGAAGCUGAAAUCACACCAGAUCAGUGUAUCAAAUGGCUUGAUACAAAACCACCAACUUCUGUUCUCUACGUGUCAUUUGGUUCACAGAACACAAUAUCAGCUUCACAGAUGAUCAACUUGGCAAAAGCAUUGGAAGCUAGUGAAAAAAAUUUCAUAUGGGUUGUUAGGCCUCCGUUCGGAUUUGAUAUUAAUGGAGAGUUUGAAGCAGAAAAAUGGUUGCCAGAAGGGUUUGUGCAGCGCGUCGAGGAACAAAAGAGAGGGCUGAUUGUUGCGAGAUGGGCACCUCAGGUGGAAAUUUUGUCCCACAAGUCUGUUGCUGCAUUCUUAACUCAGUGUGGAUGGAGCUCGGCCUUGGAAGCGCUGAACCAUGGCGUGCCGUUGAUGGGUUGGCCAAUGGCUACCGAGCAAUUCUACAAUGCCAAGUUUUUGGUAGAAGAGGUUGGAGUUUGUGUGGAGGUGGCUAGAGGAACUAGGUAUGAGAUUAAGCAUGAAGAUAUAGUGGAGAAGAUAGAGUUGGUGAUGGGUGAGGAAGAGAAAGGGAAGGAAAUAAGGAGGAAAGCUUGUGAAUUUAAGAAGAUGAUGAAAGAUUCCAUUAGAGAUGAGGAGGGUUUCAAGGGAUCUUCUGUGAAAGGUAUGGAUGAGUUUUUUAAUGCUGCACUGUUGAUGAAGGAGAACACUAAGAAAAAUCACGUUAAUUAG